AUAAGUCGUCUAUGCUAUUUUGCAAAACGUAUAAAAUUAUGUUUGACGACAAAAGAACCAGUUGAGAAAAACAAAUUACAAUUUCUUUUUGAAAAAUGCGUGAUAUAUACUUAAGAAAUUCUUAACUCAAUAAGUUUAUAAUAUUAAAAAACAAAAUUUUUUUAAUCUAACAACUAUGUUUCCUAUUGGGGAAUUAUCUUUUACAUUAAUGGAGUAUUUGGGAAUUUGGCGACCAAUAUCCUUUACAUCAAAAUGGUCCAUCUUUAUUUAUAAUGUUUAUAGCAUUUUUAUAAUAAUUAUAAUGUACUUUCACACAAGUACAUUUUUUGUAAAUAUGUGUCUAAAUUUUAAUAAUACGGAUUUACUAAUAGAUAAUAUUAUUUAUUUUACUGGUUUAACUACUUUGUGUUUUAAAAUGACUUAUAUUAAAAUUUAUCGUAAUGAUUUUAUCGCUUUUAAAAAUAUGUUUCUAGACACAAAAUGCAUUACACAAAAUAGACACGAAUUGUCGAUACAAUUUAAAUUUUUUAAAAAUGACAGAUUCAAUUCACGAUUUUUUGCGAUUUCAUGCUUUGCUCCUUUACUCCCAUUUAUCAUAGUACCGCUGACGAAUGAACUUUUAAUCUAUAAAACUUGGAUACCGUACGAUAUUAAUUCUAAAUUUCGUUUUUGGAUUACCGGGUUUUUUCAAAGUUUAGCUGCUAGUUUAACAUCAGCAAUAUAUUCGGCCGUUGAAAUUAUUGCUGCAAUUAUGAUGCAUCAAAUAUGCUUACAAUUGGAGAUAUGCAUGUAUCGCCUAAUGAACCUUUCUAAAUUAUUAAAGCAGAAUGAUAAUAAAAAAAUUGACACUUAUCGACAGGAAGCUGAGCUUCUUGAGAACUGUGUUAUGCAUCAUGUUCAUAUUUUUAGACUAAAUAAAAAAUUAAAUGAUCUAUUUGGCUCAAUGGUUUUUAUGCAAUUUUUUGCGUCUACCAUAAGUUUAUGUACAGUAGUUUAUCAAUUAUCAAAACUAAGUAUAAUGAGCUUAAAAUUUUUGACAAUGUUUAUAAUGUUGAGCGCCUUCUUAGUGCAAAUAUUUUUGUACUGUUUUUUUGGAGAGCUAAUGAUAGAAAAGAGUUUAGCCAUUUGUGAUGUAAUUUAUCAUAUAAAAUGGACUACGCUGACUGAAAAAACAAAAAGAAAUUUGAUCAUGAUAAUGAUACGAUCAAGAAGACCUAUUGAGUUAAAUGGAGCAUCAAUGAUUACGAUGUCUGUUAACACUUUUGUCAAGAUCUUGAAAGCCUCAUUCUCCAUUUUCAAUUUAUUACAAUCCACAACGUAGUUUAAAAGAAAUUUUAGAAAAUAAACCAUAAAAAACAUGUGGCGACAAAUUAAAAAUGUAGAAUUUUGUUUCUAAUGUGAAUAUAUUUUAAUAAUAAAGAAAAAACUUCAUUUAUGCUGACAAAUGCGAUUGAU